ACAUGUGUCGUUGUCGACCGAGCGAGACUCCUCAAAGCAUACACUUUUUUUGAAUUGUCUCUCACAACAUACAACUUUUUGCUGUGUCUGUUGAGUUCAUAUUGUGAUUCAUCAGUUGAGACCAUUUUUUAAGGCAUUUAAAGAAAUUAAAAAUGAAAUUGUACGUUGUUGACGAUGGGCCACCUUCUUUAGCCUGCCGCAUGACAUUUAAGUUGCUCAACAUUCCGUUUGAACAAAUCGAAGUCAACUAUAAUGUUGGGGAACAUUUGACUGAGACAUAUGCAAAGCUUAAUCCUCAAAAAGAAAUUCCCGUCUUGGACGAUAAUGGAUUUUUAUUAAGCGAACAUAUUGCCAUAAUGCAGUACAUUUGUGAUAAGUAUGCGCCAGACUCGCAAGCAUAUCCAAAAGAUCCAACAUUACGUGCAUUGGUAAAUCAUCGAUUAUGCUUUAACAUGGCACAUUUCUAUUCAGCUAUUGCGCCUUAUACUUUGGGUACAAUUUAUUUUGAAUAUCCAAGAAAUGCUGUUGGACUUAAGAGAGUCCAUAUGGCAUUAGAGGUCUUUGAAGAGUACUUGAAACGUAUUGGAAAGAAAUAUGUCGUCGCUGAUCAUAUUACAAUUGCCGACUUUCCAUUGGUCACAUCUAUGAUAUGUCUCGAAGGAAUUGCAUUUCCUUAUGACAAAUUUACUCGAGUUAAGACUUGGUACGAAACAUUUAAGCGUGAGAACCCGGAACUGUGGGCAAUCGCUGAAGGAGGUUUGAAAGUUAUUCAAGAGAUUGAAAAGAAUCCACCAGAUUUAAGUAAAUUGGACCAUCCAAUUCAUCCAGUCAGGAAGACAGCAAAGCAUUAAAUGUCAUACAAUAUUACCUGAUCAUCUCAAGUGUUGAUGUAAUAACGUAUUGUUUUCCCAACCAUAGAAUGCUCGUUAAAUAAAAUGAGAUUGCUCGAUAUAUCAGUAAAUGAUCAUGUCAUAAUGCA